AUGAGUACAGUAUGGUUGCCCAAGAGUGGUAUGGGCUGGGUAAUAAGUGAGACCCGACUCAGACCCGACUACCCGACUACCCGACUCAGGCCCGACUCAGAGUCAGUACGCUCCGUCGCGUCGCACAAGGUCAAGUGGGGUGGCGAUUUCCUAGAGCAAGCAGUGUUAUCUGGGAACACCUGUGUUUAUGGCAGCGGAAUCUCAAAGUCGCAUGCAUAUAUUUCACGAGGUGAUAACCAGAGAUCAGCCAAAGCUCCGGGUGCCCUUUACCUUUCGCUUCCACGACGACCUCGAGCCCGUCUUCUGGAUAAACUCCAUGGAACCGAUCGAGUCUCUGAGACAAGAGGCGACAGACUGGUUCAGAUGCAACUCGUUACUGGUAACACCACCCGCUUCUUGCCUGUCCAGGGUCCCCGGCACGCCAAAAUCAUUUAUUCCCUCGAGGACGUUUACACUGCCGAAGCCGGUGGCACUGUGCUCCUUGGCGGACUAAAUGUCGUCAAAGUCUUAUCGACAGCAAAAGAAGAUCUCGAGGAAACUCCGUUCCAGCUUAUUACCGACAAAUAUGCUCGCUGGCUCCAUGAAGACGUGCAAAGCAAGCUACACGGCGGUCUGGAGGCCAUCAAUGGCCUGCAUAACAGGAACGUCGAUGUCUAUGUGUGCCCUUUUCCUGCCAAAACCGCACACCCUAGAGACACCACAGAUGAUGAUAACGAGGACAGCGGUGGUGCUCCUGCAGGGCUGGGCGGAUGA